CACAUAGCUUUUCUCAGUGUCCUUUAAAAGCAGACUCUCACCACAGAGACAUAGCACUUUAGAGAGAGAGAAAAAAAAAUGGAGAGUCUAUCAUCUGACACAAGAUCUAGGGUUUGUGGAAUCUCUGUUGAGGAGGAGGGCCCAUACACAAAAGCCGAAUCCCUAGAAUUUGCAGACUCACCAAUUGCGUUGUUCAAAAAUGAAGACCCAUGGAUCAAGAGCAAGAGCAAGAGCAAGAGAAAGAAGAACCAAGUCUAUCUUCAAGGUUACGUAGAGACGUCUGAUGACGAAGAGCUCUUGAGGACGAAAAGCUUGACGGAUGAAGAUUUGGAUGAACUCAAGGGCUGUUUGGACCUAGGGUUUGGGUUCAGCUAUGAGGAAAUUCCUGAGCUUUGCAAUACUUUGCCUGCUCUUGAGCUCUGUUAUUCCAUGAGUCAGAAGUUCCAGGAUGAGCAACAGAAGUCGCCGGAGACUCCCCCGGCGUCGGCCUUACCCGAGUCGGGUCCAAUUGCCAAUUGGAAGAUCUCUAGUCCUGGUGAUCAUCCUGAAGAUGUCAAAGCAAGGCUGAAAUUUUGGGCACAGGCUGUGGCAUGUACUGUGAGAUUAUGCAGCUAGAGGAGAUGAGAGACUUCUGAGUUCAUCAGAAGAGGAAAAUGAAUGUACAUUCUCUUCACCAUGGGAAUUUCCUAUCCUGGACCUUCAUGGAGAUGGACAUACCGGGACGAAAGUUCCUUCAAUUUUUUACCUGGAGAUGGACAUUCCGGUAUCUGUCGAUCGAUCGGCUUUAAAGAUGUCAAAGAAGUUGAGGAGGAAGAAAUGUUGAGGUCCGAGAUUAACCAAAUACAUACCCUAAUGUGUCACUGACAUAAUUCGUCUGAGGCUGAGUUAUAUAUUUCAUGAUCAUUGUAUCUAGUGGAAUAUAAAUUAUAAUAUAAAUAAAAGUUUUCUUCAUCA